CGGGGCCCCGUGUUGCUUGUAACGGCGCCAUCGCUAUCUCGCAUGUGUUUGCCGUCGAAGGUCUUUGCGCUGCCAACAGGCCACCGUUUCGUUCUUUACUGAGAUACCGUGCUGCUGAUUAUUUACGUCAUUAUGUACAAGGAAGAAACAAUUUAUAUUUUACUUGUGACAGUUGCCAUCACGGAUUCGCUAAAAUGCUACGUUGGCUCUAAAGGUGUUGUCAACAAUGUGCCGAGUUCGAAUUUUGUCGCAAAUAAUUGUGAAGAUGGAAUGAAACAUUGCUUCGAAUCAUUUACCGAUGAUAUGACGGAGAUCACCGCUUCCUGUCAAACACCAAACACCGAACACAAGCUUCUUGAUGUUUGCCAGGUUGGAUGCCAGAACUAUACUUCUCUUGAGCUGACUGUGUGUUGCUGCAAUACGGAUCUGUGCAAUCUUCCAGAUUCCGAAAAGCCAACGAACGCCACCAGUACUGUGGAGCUAAGUCGACAACGACUACUAAAAGGAGUGAAGUUGCCAAAAUCUAAAGUUUAAAAAACUGCCGCCUACAAUAAAAAGCGUCUUUUGUUUUCGGGUCAAUGCUUUAUUUUGAGUCGUUCAUUUUCAAAGUGUGC